ACCACGCUAGCGGCAACGGCUUGAAAACAUCCGUAGAAUUUGAGCUGCACACUGACACGGUCGUCUUGAAGCGCCUCGAGUUCACUCAUUUAAACAAGGCUGACAUUCUCUAUAGGAUCGCGCUUGCUAUCAAGGAUUACUGCGACGACAAGAACGUAAACCUCCCACUACCAUACGAAAUCCGCUUUGCCAGCCCUUCGGACCCGCGCUUCCAGGGCAGCGAGUGCGAGCGGCUUGUCCAGACUGUGUGCUCGCGCACGCAGCUCAUCCUCUGGGACCCUAAGCGCCUUUGCAACUCAACAUGGCGGCCAAAGUGCCCAACGUGCACGAAGGCCAACUGCGUGUACUGGGGCUGGGCGAUGGACGUCAAGAAGCUCAUCGGCGACGGGGAGGAGGACGUGUGGGUUUUUUGCAGUCAAGCAAAAUGCAAGAUCUGCACUGACGCCAAACACUUCCAAAUGUGCGACCCGGAGAUCGUCUCGCAGCUGCCGGGGUACGUGCAGCUGAAACUCCCCGGCGUGCUAACUCGGCAGAGUGGGCUCACGUGGCGGGUCGUGCGCACGCUGUCGGUCAUGCCGCCCCAGGGCACCAGCUUCAGCAGCAUCUGCGACAUGGUCAACGAGAAGGCGCAUAUGGUGCAUAAGAUGACGGAGCUGGAGUACUUGAUGCUGAAGAGGGGGCGCACCAUACGCGACUUUUUUCAGCCUGCGGGCGGCAGCACAGCAGGCGACGUCGUGGGUGGCAGCACAGGCGGCAGCGCAGGCAGCAGCGCAGGCGGCAGCGCAGGCGGCAGCGCAGGUGGCAGCGCAGGUGGCAGCGCAGGCGGCAGAGCAGGCGCCAGCGCAGGCGGCAGAGCAGGCGGCAGAGCAGGCGCCAGCGCAGGCGGCAGAGCAGGCCUGGACCCGGAUGAGGAUGGGGACAGAACCGACGUUGAGGAGGACGCAGAGGCGGCUGCCCCGGGUUCUGGAAGCAAGGUGCUGCCUUUCCCCCGCUUUGAAGACGGCCUGUACGGUGGCGCGCUGCUGAGCGUGCAGUACGCAAUCAAGUGCUUCCUUGUCGCUGUGCGGGGUGAAGUGGCGGCAGCAGAACAGCACAUGCAGUCGCUGCCCUUUGAGGUUCUGCGCAUUGAUGGCGCCUUCAAAAACGCCAAAAAGGUGCGGACUACAGACGGUGAGCGCGCGUUCAAGGAGUCUACAACUGUUAUGAACGAACGAGGCGAGAUUGUGGGCUUGUACCUCGGUGGUGGUGGGCUGCUGGAGCUUGAGGAUGCGCUGCGCCGGCUGGCACAGCGUAACCUGUCUCUGAAGAAGAGCCAACUCGGCAUGAUCUACGUGGACAACAGCCACACGACCGGCAAGCUGCUGGAGCGCUGCUUUCCAGGCAUGCCUCCGGGCGGUGGCAUCAAGGAGGACCUGUUCCACGUGGAGCGCCGGAUCACUGACACCCUGCCAUCCGACCACAGCCUGCGAGCGACGUUCAUCGCUGACAUUGCUGGCGCUUUCCGUGUGCGGAACAAGGAGGAUGAGAAGCUGGCGGCAUCCAAGGGCUGGCCCAUCAACGACACCACAUGCCGGUCCUUCAUUCCACCUCCGAAGGAGCUGCUGGAGCGCUUCGAAAAGGUGGUGGCUCAGUACGAGCGUCAAAUCGACAUGAGCACAGGCGCGCGGCUGCUGAACACGGACACCCUGGACGCGAUUGAGCGUGUCCGCCUGCACAUCAAGGAGGGCCGCCUCAGCGACCCUGUCGGCGUGGAGAUGUACAUCAACGUGGAGCCGGACCCUGAGAAGCCCCCCAAGUGGCGCUCGAAGCGGGGCACCAGCGCGCUUGAGGGCUUUCACCGGCAUUGGCACACGCUGCUGCCGGGCUUCAACACAUCGGUGGAGCUGGCGGAUACGCUGAUGAUGCUGUUCCUGGGCCGGUGGAAUCGCAAGAAGUCCUUUCAGUACGGCGCGGCCUUCUACGGCACCUUCAACUACCAGGCGCGCUGGAGGCGCUGGCGGCCAGUGUGGGCGAGGGCCAGCGCUUCUUCCUGGACUGUCUGACGGAGGC